AAUCUGAUUGCAAAGUGUAAACUUUGUGGGAGAGUGAAUUCACUUGUGUCAGUCUCGGUGAACUGGGAACAAAGUGGUUUUUCGAUAACUAGAAGAUGCAUUUAUGUGUUUCUUUCAGAUAUUGUUAAAGAUUCCUACAAACCGUAUUCAAUUGAUGACAGUGAACAGUAUCAUCCAAUCGUUAAAUUCGAUUGUCGCGGUGUGGAACCGACAGCGUUUGAUCCGAGAGUUGGAUGGAAGGCUGUAGGUACGGAGUCUGGCACUCCCUUCGACGAUAUCGACUUGUCUGAAAAG